CAAUGUCUCAUACUUUUCUUCGGUGAUUUCCCAUGUGCCCCUCGAAAUUUGGACCGGUCGAUGUCGAUUUCCUAAAGUCGUCUGCGUACUCCAACUCCAAAAAAUUUGUCGGUAACUGUUGUUCUGCGCUCCAACCAGGUACCUGGUUAAUUAGCUUAUGGCUCCCGGCGAAGACCUGGACCUAGACAGCGGGGUUGAGUCUCUGCCAGUGAGCAGCAAAGACAUGACACCAGAAAAACCCAAAGCUUUACCAGAGCUUGAAGACGACGAUGACGAUGAUAUUGAUGAGACCUUGGCAGAAAGGCUUUGGGGCUUGACUGAAAUGUUCCCAGAGUCUCUUCGGAAUGCAACAUAUUCACUUGCUGCUAAUGCUGUGGAUGGGACUAAAGGAUUAUAUAGCUUUUCUCGAUCAGCCUUUUGGGUUUUAUUUAGCUCCUCUCUUAUCUUAUUUGCACCUGUUCUACUGGAAGUUGAACGAGCUCAAAUGGAAGAACAGCAGCGCAAUCAAACUAAACAGGUUCUCCUUGGACCAAACUCAGCAAUGGCAAUGGGGCCUCAGCGAUAAUUACAGGGGAAGGUGCAAUAAGGGCACUUUGGGACACAAUGCAAACUGGAGAAGUUGAGAAUCACUCUCGGGUGUGUAGUAGAUAUCAGUCGGUUAUGGAAUGUGCCGUAAAUCAAUGAUUUUAUCCAAAACUAGUGGAAUUGUACACUGCUCUAAGUAAAUGAAGUCAGACUGAUAUGUCUGCUCAGCCAUAAGUAGCUUAUCUGACCGAAAUUUGAAGGUACUUAAGUAGAUAUUGUUGCUUUUGAAUCUUGACACUGUCACUUCUAGCGCUGCAAAUUAUCUAACUUUGAUACCUACUCGCAAAAUUCAGUCAUUCUUGAGGAUAAGUUGCAGCGUUGUAAAAUAGAAGUAAUUGCUCCAAAAAUAACUUUUAUUCCUGCAAAAUGUUGUAAUAGAAAAGACUGCUUAAGAUAUCAAUUUUCAUUUCUGCAUUAAAUUUCAAAUCCUGACAAUUGAGUGAAACCUGUUGUACAAUAAUUCUAAUGUUAGUCAAAUUUAGUUUGUGUAAUAGUUGAUUAAUAUUUUGACUUCAAUACAUCCAAUCAAAAUGUCAGGUCUGAGAGCUGCCUGCCUGCAGUUGUUUUUAACUCGCCCAAAUCUAGAUUUUUGUUUCUGAAUGGUUCUGUGAAUUUGGUCUUGUGGUGUGGUCUGCUGGGUAAUGAAGGUGUGUUAAUGAGUUUGACAUGCAGCUUCUCAUCUUUAUUUUACACGUUUCUAUUAAAAUUAAUUGUGAUCUUUGUAAUAUGAAGCAGCAGCAGGGUAAUUUUAAUCAUGUCCUCUUCGUGUUCAGUUUAUAUGACAUAGUAGCAGAACUAGUGUGUAAACUUAGAGUCUGCGCUCUCACAAUUCUCUAGUCAAUAUUUUCAGUAUCUCACAUCUUUCAUGGCUUCACUCCAGUGAACAUUUCUGUAAAAUAUUUCAUCUUGCUCAAUGGAAUCACAAUUGAUAAAAUGUUUCCAGUGUAUCACUUGGUGAUAGGAAAUUACACAAUUUAGCCAUUGAAAACCAAGAUGCAUCCUUGUUUCUGUUUUACAUAUAUCUAAGUGCUUCUUGUGGUGUCUCCAAGACCAUAGAAGUUGCAUUUGGCAUCUACUUGCCCCAUUUCAAAAAUUCCCUUUUUUUUCUGUACAUGAAUGUUUCCUCAACAUUCCCUAAAACUUUUUGUAUUAAAUAUGGCGUGACCCAGAGACAUCAGUGUACUGUAGUGAAAUAGGUAACGUAAAUAAAUGAAUGAAUGGAUAACAGCAACAA